CCCCGGCGCAUGCGCGCCGCUCUCCCCGGCCUGUGGUCGCGCGUUCUGCCGUGCCCCGGAUGUGGCCCCUGCCCGGGAAAAUGGCGGCGCCGGUGUGGGCGGAGGGAGCGCUGUAGCGCCCGGUGCCAUCCCCGCCAUGGCGGACCUGGGCCGGCAGCUGCACGAGUACCUCGCGCAGUCCAAGGCUGCUGCUGCCACCGGUCCCAGCGCGGUCCCCGCACCGCCGGCCGCCGGCGGCUCGCAGGAGGAGGCGGGGGACGGCGGCGGGCUGCGGGCCUGGCUGGGGGCGCUGAACCCGUUCCCGCCGGGCACUCCCCCGGGCGCCACGGUGUGGCCUUGGACGGGAGAGGAGGACCCGUGGCUGCCGGGGCUGUCGCGCUGGCAGCGGCUGGCGGGCAGCGGGCUGUGCGUGCUUCUGGCCGCGCUGUGCUUCGGGCUGGCCGGGCUGUGCGUGCCGCUGCUGCUGCUGCGCGCCCGCAAGUUCGCGCUGCUCUGGUCGCUCGGCUCGCUCUGUGCGCUGGGCGCCGCCGCGCUGCUGCGCGGGCCCGCCCGGCUGCUGCGGGAGCCCGGCCGCGGGGCGCUGCUGUACCUCGGGGCGCUGUUCGGGACGCUGUACGCCGCGCUGGGGCUGCGCAGCACCGCGCUGACGGCGCUGGGCGCCGCCGCGCAGCUCGGCAUCGCCGCCGCCGCGCUCCUGGCCGCGCUGCCCGGCGGUGCCGCCGGCCUGCGCCGCCUCGCCGGGCUGCUCCGCGCCGCGGUGCGCGGCCGAGGCAAGGCACUGCCUCUGUGAGCCCGGCGCACCGGGGGAGGAGCGGCCGCGUCCCCGCGGGAGUCCCUCGCACACGGACCGAGAGCCUCGCGCCGUAGCCAGCCGACUCCGAGACGGGGGACGCCGCUUCUCUUCGCCUCCUCCGCGUCCUGGCACGUUUUCCUCGCCAGCGCUCGAGGAGCAGCAGCAGGGCUGGCAGCCCCGAGCGGCCCCGGUGACUCGGAGCUGCAGGUGGCUGUGUGCGGUGUCAGCCUGCCGAGCCGCCCCCGGGCUCGUUAUUUGCCUUACCGCGCUGUCAGCUCCAUAGCCGGGGCUUGGCAUGGCUCCACAUCUGGGUGCGGAGCUGGCAGCAUCCCGCUCAUACCUCCAGCCUGGGACCAUGUGGCUGGUGCAGCGGCUGCUGCGGAGCGCGAGAUCGGAGCCGAUGCGGAGUCAGUGUGGACUUGGCCGGUACUGAGGAGCAGCUGGGGUGCGCAGGGCUGACGGAUGCCGAAACACGAAGAUGAUUUAGCAAAAUGCGAUCGAGGCUAGGGGAGAACAUUGAAAAAUUAACUGGUAUUACCUCAUUUUGUGCUGACCCCUAUAUUAUGAACACAUACUGGUUUUGCUGUCACCUCAGACCAGUGGUGAAUACGAAGACUGUGGCCACUGAACUGCAUUUCUCUCUAAAAAGCAGCUUUAAAAUAACCAUCCAGAUGGCAGACUAGCAAGCAGUGGUGAUUGCCUGCAUUUUGGAAUUUUAACCUCAGCACCAUUGUAGACAGCUGUGGCUAAAGGUGAAAAUGAAACUUCUCUAUACACGAUAAACCAAAACCCUGGGAAUUGGCUGUUAGUAUUUUAAAUGGCUGAGAUUUCAGGAGGUAGUACUGUUGCUCCAUCUGAAACACAAGUUUGCCUAAAUACAACCCUCUGUAGUAAUAGUUGCUGCUGCUCCUUCCUCCUCGGGAAGGGUUACUGACUGCCCCAGGGCCUCCACCAAAGGCUUCAUCCCUGUGGAAUCCAUCAUGGUGGUCUCCAUCUAGAGAACUGGACCUCCCAGAUUUCGGUGCUCUCUGUGAAGGUCCUGAAUUUCCUCGUCCUGCAAAGGAAGCACAACCAGUUACUGGUGACAAUAAAGAAGGGGAUUCUGCAGUGCUGGAGACAAGAUUUGGAUUUGAUGUUUGAAAAUCCCUCUGUUCUUAUGCUCCUGUCCACCUGGAGCAUCCAUGUCUCUGUGGUCAGAGGUUCCCGGUCCGUCGUGCCAGGGACGUUUCCGUGGUGGCAGUGAGGCCAUGUCCAUGCCCUGGAGUGAAGAGGAACGUUCUCUGUUGGCUGGAGAGUGCCCAUCAUGAGGAGGGUGAUCUGGACGAGGACCUGUGCACAAAAACACAGGAUAAGAUUCUGGUUUCCUCCCUCCUUCAAAGCGUGGGAAUUCAUCUGGAGUAGGAAGCAAACCCUUCCGAGCUCCUGAGCAGCAAGAGAAGCAGGGGACAGGAGUGAGAAGAGACAUUGCAUUCAUGAAAAUGGUGUCAUCUGCCCAAGAACUGCCUUUCCUUCCUCAUCCUUGUAUUUCUGUGUGGAAGAGCAUUCCCCUUACCUCUCAGAGCACCUCGACCUCGCCCCCGAGCACCAUGGUCCCUUCCUCUGGAGUUUUCAUCUGGAGAGUCAAAAGCAUCAUCUGGCCCAAAAUCUUCAGGGCCAGGAAAUCCAUCUCUGCCCCUGGGUCCCCGGCCCUCGUGUCUCGAGGGUCCUCCUCUUCGGAAGCUACAACAAAGAACAUGAUACAAACGUGGUUUUUAGGCAUAAUUGAAUCAGCUUCAGUUUAAUUAUCAACUCAUUUCUAAACUGUUUCACUUAAUGCUACAGCACAUACAGUUACUAGAACAGGAUUUGUAGGUGGGAAAGUGCCCAUUUCAGCCCUUUGAGCACUUUGAUAGUAAGCUUUGUAAUCUUCCUCUCAUAUUUCCUUCCACUGAUUAUGUUGGCUUUUCAUACAAGAAAAAUAUUAUUAAACACACUGCAUUAGUUAAUGAAAA